AUGAAGUUCCUCUGGUCCCUCGCUCUCUUCGCUGCUGCGGCUUCCGCCCAGUCCUCUACGGAUUCUGGCGCUGCUCCCUCUGCCUCUAGCGAGUGUGAGGCUGAGUACAUCGUCAAGAGAUGUCUCGAGACCGAGAACGCAAAGGUCGAGGACUGCAAGGCCAACGAUUGGGACUGUCUCUGUGCUGCAUAUGAGGCUGUUGCUACCUGCUUCAACAACUGCCCAGACGACUCUCGCGCCAGCUCCGCCCAGAGCCAGGUUCAGGUCAACUGCCAGCAGGCCUCUCUCUAUGGCACUGCGACCAAGGCCACCAAGACCAGCUCUUCCACAGCGACAGCUGAUGCAUCAGAUGCUACCGCCACUGGUUCCGAUGCCCCUGAUGCGACCAGCUCUGCUACUGAGUCUGCCGCCAGCGCCGAGAACACCAACAAUGCUGCCGACAAGGCACGCAACACUGCUGGUGUUCUUCUUGCCGUCGCCGGUGUAGUCGCCGCUAUUCUGUAA